UCGGCGUCCGUCCGUGUGCUUUGUGUCCCCCAGAAGGGGUCAGACUGAAGCCAGUAGGCACGUGCACUGCUCAGUGAACCGGUGAAAUGCAAACAUCAUGUGGUGCAACACUUCUGUGAAUGAUGCGUGGUGAAAUUCAGUCCCCAUUAUAAGUGAGGACGCUGGUUUCGAACAUGGGGUUUUGGCACUCGAAACCUCAAAAGAAGGACGAGCAGGUGUCAGUGCAACCCAAGAGCAUAGACCCUGAGGAGGCUGUCCUGAACAGGAUCCGGACGACACUGUCUCAGGACUUGGAGACAUUCCUGCUGAACAACAUCCUCCUGUCUGUUCAGUUCUUCGACAACUUCGAGCGGGAAGUGACGACGCUGAGGAAGAGCCCAGCAUCGGAACGUGACGCAGAACGCAACGUGGGCCUAGCAGAGCACCAGCGGCACUGUGUCUCACCAGACCGGCUGUGCGAGGCGGUGAGGCGUCGGGUGCUGUUCAGAACAGAGCAUGGGGAGCGCAGCCACAGCUACGAACCCCUGCACUCACCGCGAGUGUUCGUGGUGCAGGAUAAUGUGGAGGUGGUGGAGCACCGUGAUGCGGCCCUAUACUCCACCGUCGUGGAGACACCCAGCUACCGUUUUACAAUGGAAACAACAACCGACAACAGGCCAGGCUACCUGAAAAUUCGGGCUGAAGAGUUCAUGCUUCCGCACAGAAGACGUACAACGUACGAGAUUAUCAACGAUGAGGACGAAGGUGUAUACACACGCAUUGCCAGUGACAGCCCAGAGUACGCAGACAGCGGCAGAAGCACCGUGGAGGAGCAGAACGGUCAAACUGAGGAGAAUUCUUCAGUCCCUGAAACGUCCGACCUGACAGAAGGUCAUGUCAUGAUGCUGGAGAUGCAAAAGGAAAUUGAAUCUGUAGAGAAAGUGUCAUCAUUCCCCAACACACGCCCGAUACUGACAGAUACGGGGCUGACACAGAGAAGGAACUCAACCAAACGAGUGUUUGGGCCGCAGCAUCCUGACUGUGAUCCUAACAAGGACGCUGGCUUCACACCCACUGAGAGACGCCUGAGUGGCAUCAUACGAGCAUUCAAAUAUGCAGACACACACAUGGCUGAGCAGCGGGAGAAACUCGGCGUCCUCAAAGCAGCGCAGUCCCUGCCGAAUUUGGCUCUUGCAGACAAUGUGAAGACGAGCGACAGUCCGAAGAACAGUGACAGUUCUGGGUAUAAAUCUGAGGGAGGGUUCCCGAGCUACACCAACACAAGUGAGUCAGAGUACGGAUACACCACAAUCACACAGCUCACUACCCCCAGACUGCUGAAGGAGCGUCGUCUCGGCCAUGUCCCCCACAACACCUCUGAGAUUCCCCAGCAAUGCUUCCACGCGACUGAUGUGCCCGUCUAUGACUAUGAUGAUGAUGAUGAUGAUGGUGGUGGAAAUUUCAGGUCCGGGAAGAAGCUCUUCGAGACGCGCUACUACCUUAACUCUAUCAUCUUCAUGAGGGGCUUUGCAGACAUCUUCUCUGAGAAACUUGGAGCAUCAUUGGGUUUCGCCAGUGGACUGGACUCAGCCACCCUACAAGGCACCAAGAUAUACUGUGAUACCAUCCAUGAUGCUCCUGAUUCCAAGCCUGUCAAAAUACGGAACGAGAUCAUCCCCACAAUAUUCUCUGCCAUCUGGCCAAAGGAAGCCCUCAAAUGGAAAGUCCGUCCACGUAAGCGUGUGUCUGACCCACGACCAGAUGCAGUGUAUACAUGGCCAACACAGGCUAUGCUAGACCAUGUACACAGCCUGGGAUGCCACUUGCUCCCUUUGGGCUAUAUGCCCACCCGCGGUAGAAACAAACAGCAAUUCUUGGAAUGGCAGCUGGCAUUCCCAGAAGCAGAGCGCUACCUAGAGACAUGGCUCACUCACGCACAGGUCCGCUGUCUUCUGUUCAGCAUGGCUCUAUACAAGAGUUUCCUGGAGCCCCUAAACAUGCAACUGGGGCUCCUUCCCACACAUAUACGAACUCUCCUGUUCUGGCAGUGUGAGCGGAACUAUGCGGCUUGGCCAGAGGAUCGUCCUGGAGAGACUUUGCGCAAGUUCCUAGAAAAGAUGUAUGAAACCAUCAUGCAGAAAAAUCUUCCAGAUUACUUCAUUCAAAGAAGAAAUCUCUUUGAGAGCACUCCAAGCACACAUCUGCUAAAAGUCCAAGAGAAGUUGCUGCGUGUUAGGGAGAACCUUGUGAUGCACACUCUGUUAGCAGUACGUAACCUGCGCUAUGUGGACUCAUCAUUUUAUCCUGUGUUUGACUGUAAAAGACUGUACCACAUCAUUACAACUGACAAUCUUGUGACACUGCUCAAUCCUCUACUACCGCAAUCUGCACUCAAUACCAUUGCUCCAAAAAACAAACAAACUGAGGAAGAGGAAGAGGAAUCUGAAGAAGAAAACAACUCAAAUAUCGACUUAUGGAAACCAGUGAUGUCAAAGGAUCCUAAGAAAAAGUGGAAGCAAGACGUCAGGACACAAAUUGAGAUCGAGAGAUCAGCACAGAAGUCAGAGAAAACUUCUGCACCAAGAUCACGGAGGCCUUCCACAGACUCCAUUGACAUAAAGUUACAGCCAAAAAAGAGAGCAGAGGAUCUCAGGAAAACUGCAUUACUGGACUUCUUUAUACCGCACUUUAUUGACAUAGCAAAGAAAAGCAAUUCUUUCUGUGCAAUCCGGCAAGCCAGAUUCUACCUUCAACAUGCAGAACGUCUUGUGAAAUUGCUUCGUGAAUGUGGUGAUGGGGAAGCUAAAGCAUGGAAGUACUCAUUCGAGAUCAAGACCUUGCGUGAAGCAAUGGGCCAAGAGCCCUCACACACAACAGGAGCUGCAUCAAACCGAUUCCUAGGAGCACCAUCAAAACUGGACGCAUCAUCAGGUGCACUGCCCCCAACAAAGAAAGAAGAGUACCCAAGUGUUCACUAUGUAAAAUGUAAUCAGACGCAACCAAUGACAGCUCAGGAUGCGAUAUUCAAAAAUGCAAAUCCUUUUCGAGAGAAAAUGGAAUUACCCGACAACAAUCUUCAGUCAAUAUUGAAGAAACCGGCAAUACUGAAGGUUCCCUUGCCUCGUAUGGGAAAGUGUGAUGAACAGGUGCACUCGCAAACAAUCCCUGUAACCGUGGCACAGGUUCACGAACCCAAGGGGAGUGAAAGAGACCACAGUAUGCCCUCUAGCCCUGAAAUUAUAAUCGAAGUGACAGAUAGCCCACCCCUGCCCACAACUCUUGUAUUAAAUGAAGUUGUUACCGCUGAAUCAACAGACUUUUAGGCAUAGCUGUUACAUUCUUGAACUGCAUUUUGCAAACGUGUUUGGAUGCUGCCCCACAAAUUGUAGAGUUCAGUGUUGCAUCACAGAAACAUGGAACUGGCUCCAUAAAAUUUGGGGUUAUCACUGCAUUGAAUAUUCAUAUUGCGAUUUUCCAGAAUAUGACACUAAACUGGUGGUUCAGUAGUAAUGUUUUGAAGGGAUGUACUGCCUCUACCUCCAGGGUUAAGUUGAGCCAAGCUGGAACCAGUCACUUUCCAAACUUGGCUGAAUUCAACCCUGAAGAUCUAGGCAGUAUGUUCCUCUAAAUUGUCAUGACCCACCUAUAAGAUCACACAGCAUCUGAAUGCAGAAGGCCACAGCUGAAACAGCCCGCUGGACAGGAGUGAGGAUAUUAAAAAUAAUUCUAUGUUAUAUAUUUAAGUUGUCAUGUCAAAGAAGUGGUAUAAACUCUUUUACAAAACAUUGCAUAACAUUUGGAAACAAAAACAUGGGAAGUGUAGUGGAGUGUGUGUCCAGAAUUCUUACAAUGUCUUCAGUUAGAAGUGUUAGUGCAAAAAGUGAACAAGCCUCUCUCAGAAGAGACAAAAUACUGUUUUAAAAAUCCACCAAUGCAUGAAUAUCCUUGACUUCAUUCUCUGAAAUAUGCUUAUGAGUCUAUUAACUUUAAAGCACUGCGGUUCCUAUAUAUACCGCCUGCUUCAGCAUUAAAGAAAGCUCUGCAUUUUGCCCACACGGUGUAUUUAUGUGUUCCGUAUGACUGUCAGAGCAAACAGUGGUUAUUUUCCUGUACAGAAUUAACUGAUUGAUCUUCAUAAUGUGGACACAGUGUGCUUUCUAUGAGGCAGGAACUCAAUCACUUGUUAAACUAUAGAAACUCUGUUAACAAGUCCUUUGGAGGGUAAAAAUAUCUGGAAAAUUUAACGUUUACAGCAGCAUACAUUAGGCUCAAAAACUGGAGCAUGUGACCAGCUGAACCUCAGAGACCCAGUUUCACAGUGAUCAAGCUAAUAAACACCCCAAACCUCCCUACAUCAAUUCAUGAUCAUUAUUAAAAAAAAGUAAAGGUAUCUCUGUAACAGGCCGUGGAGGCCCAUAGGGUUGUGAGAUGU